AUGGCGGCCCAAACAGAGCGCGGUGUCCCUCUGAGUACGCUUUGUCCCAAGUUUCUUCACACCAACUCUACCAGCCACACCUGGCCCUUCAGUGCUAUUGCUGAGCUCAUAGACAAUGCCUACGAUCCAGAUGUUUGGGCCAAACAGUUCUGGAUUGAUAAGACUAUAGUCAACGAAGAGGAAUGCCUCAGCUUCAUGGAUAAUGGAAAUGGACUGGACCUUGAAACAAUGCAUAAAAUGCUCAGCUUUGGAUACAGUGACAAGACUGCUGUAGGUGGUGUACAGCCGAUUGGUAUCUAUGGCAACGGUUUCAAGUCUGGAUCCAUGCGUCUGGGCAAAGACGCCAUUGUCUUUUCCAAGUCGAAGGAUGCCUCAUGUGUUGGGAUGCUCUCUCAGACCUACCUGGAAAAGAUCGAUGCUCAGCAAAUAGUUGUACCCAUUCUCCUCUUUGAGCAGACAGGAGCAAAAAAGUUCAGUGUAAAAGAGGAGCACAAAGCCAGUCUGCAAGACAUCUUGCGCUAUUCUCCUUUCAAGACAGAGGAAGAACUUCUCACUGAAAUCAAUGCCAUCGGUAACUCUUGGUCCACAGGGAAAACUGGCACAAGGAUCAUCAUCUGGAAUCUCCGCAGCACGUCCACUGGAACGGAGUUUGAUUUUCAGACAAACCGUUACGACAUCAGAAUUCCAUCUGACGUCUACGAGGAAAUGAGUAAAACUCCUCAAAAUGCAGCGAACAUCACUUUAUACAACCCUGAGAGUGUGUACUCACUGAGGGCAUAUUGCAGUAUUUUGUACCUGAAGCCUCGGAUGCAGAUCAUCAUACGAGGUCAAAAGGUGAAAUCUCAGCUCAUUGCAAAGAGUCUGGCCUGCAUCAGGAAGGACCGCUACAAGCCCACUUUCCUGACCAGACAUGUUCCUAUCACUUUUGGUUAUAACACCAAAAGUAAAGACCAGUAUGGCAUUAUGAUGUAUCACAAGAAUCGUCUCAUCAAAGCCUACGAACGUGUGGGCUGCCAGCUCAGGGCCAAUAACAAAGGCGUUGGGGUUAUCGGGGUCAUGGAGUGUAACUAUCUGGAUCCUACCCACAACAAACAGAGCUUUUUGGAGACUGAUAAGUACAGGAAAACUAUGAGCAAUUUGGGGAUCAAACUGGAGGAGUACUGGAAUGAAAUCCGCUACACAAAGAAUAGAGAGAAUCCAGAUAGCGCCAUACCAGUGGAAGAUACCAUGAAGCGUCCAGAUCAAAACUGGGUGCAGUGUGAUAACUGUUUGCGCUGGCGGAAACUCCCUGAUGGGAUUGACUGCAGCAAGCUGCCAGAUAAAUGGUUCUGCCAGUUGAAUCCUGAUCCUCAGUUCAGGAGCUGCCAGGUAGAGGAGGAGCCUGAGGACUCUGAUGAUGAUCAACCUUCAUACCGCAAAACCUACAAACAACAAGAGAAAGAAGACAAGAAGAAACAAGAUACACAAAGACAAAAGAUAGAGGAAGAACAAAGGCAACGGGAAGAGCAGCGCUUGGCUAAUCUUGCCAAGCAAAACAAGGCUCUUAGACGAAAACUGCGUGAAACAGCUGCGCGUCCACCCUCCACUCCCAUUACCCCAAAGAGCAGGUCACUGCAAGGGGGUGCUGCAAGGGCCGGAUCCUCUCCACAAGGGUCCUCCACCAUUUCCAAAGCUGCCUGCAGCCCCUCCAGUAGCAGUGGUCUUCCAAUUAUCACUAAUGUAUGUUCUCUGUCACCAGCCACCACAAGGGGGAAAAGACUGCCGCCGGUUACUCCACAAAGAACGCCCAAAAGACCAAGAGUAAGUCCCUUGGAUAGAGUUACCUCAGAUGCACCCCUGUCAGUGGAUGCACCGGUCUCCCCGUCAGUCAUCAAUGAGAACGAUGAUAGUGAUGAUAGUGAUGAUACCGAUGACGACAUAUUCAUCUUGGAGACUGCCAGUACCCCCAAGCCAAAAAAGACAGAUUUGGAUUUGUCUAAAGUGGAGAUCAAGCAGGAGCCAAUUGAUUCCAAUGUGGACAUGCUGAUGGAGUGUAGUGAUGAUGCCACUGUGGAUGAUGCGCCUGACGCAAAUGCUGCCGGAACAGGCCCGUCAGAGACAGUGGCUGCGGGAACCAGUACCUCCCCAGCACCUCCUCCAGAGGUGGCCAGCAUCACCACCCAAACAGAAGCACGUAAAAUAAAGGAGGAGAGUCAAACUGAAGAGAAUGGGGGAGCAUGGCAGAGUACAUCUAAUGAGAGUGGAGCACAACUGAAAUCAGAUGUUGGUGUCUGCAGCAUUGAGCAAAGAUUAAUUAAGCAAGAUAGUAACGAUGACAGUCACAGCGGGAACAAAGGAAAGCAGACUUUGCUGAAUGGAAUGAACUAUCUGGAUAGUGACGAAGACGCUGGUCCUUCGUGUGCAAAUGCCUCUGACAAAAAGUCGUCUCCACCGCACUUCGGCAAUAUGGCCGAGGCUCAGGAACAGCAAGAUGAGCUCCUAAAGCUCAUGCAGGCUACAGCUCAGGAGAGAGACUCUUUCAAAGAGCAGGUCAGUCAACUUACCUGUCAGCUGGAAGACAUGCAGAGCAGACUGCAGGAACUGUCUCAGAUCAAUGUAAAGAAGGAGUUGUCUCACCAAGCCAACCAGACAGAGGAGACAGAGGAUGGGAAGGACUACAAAAGUUUGUUUGAAAAGGCCAAACAGAAAGUCGAUGAACUGAUUAAGGACAAAGAGGCUUUGCUGACAGCUGCUGAAACCAAACCCAGUACUUCAGAGGAAAAGGACAUGGAUGAGAUUGCGCUGCAAGUUGACUCUCUGGUACGGGAACUGGAUCAAAGAAACAAGGAGAGAGAUGAACUGCGCUCACAGUUGGACAGCCUGGAGGAAGACAAGGCAAUACUGGCAUCUCAGUGUGAAGAGCUUAGGUUAAGUCUGCAGCAGCAGAGGGAAGAGGCACAGAAGAGAAGCAUAGCUCAACUCAGAACCAGUGACUCCUCUGCACAGACAGAUCCAGUAGAGGCAGAACGGACAGCCGACCUUGGCACAGCUUCAACUUCAGACACUUUGAUUGAGCUACGUCAUAACGUUGGACGCCUGCUUGUCUCCUUUGUGCCGGCUCUGGACCUGGCCCAAGUCAACUAUGAAUGUAAUGUACUCGAUGAGAUCCUACAACAGGUUCUCUCAGAUGUAGAGACUGUAGAGAAAUGGAUCAAGAAAUGAAUACCAUGUGUUCAGAUUGUGUUGGAAAAAUAAGUUGCACUAUAUUCUGUUUUGUUUUUUUUAAUCUCAUAAUCCAAAAAGUAUGUCCAAUAUAUUUUUAUAUUUCCACCCUGUUAAUCUUCUGUGAUGAAAUGCUCUGUGGCACAUUUAGUACUGCUGCUAUGCUGAAAUUUAACUAGAGCUAUUUUAAACAGAUCACUUUAGUCUUUAAACUGAUUGUGCUUGCUUUAGCAGUAUCUACUUGGAAACCAUGAUGGAUUGAAUGUUAAUGAGUUUGAGGUAUGAUGGAAGGAUGGGUUGUGUUUCCUUGAAAACAGUAUUUCUAUGUGAAGUAUUGGUAUGGGAACUAAUAUGAGGAGAAAAUGUAAGCAGCUAAAUGAUGUCUCUCCUCCAAAGCACAUUCCAUU